GUCCGUGCGACGCUCCCACCUGCUCCGGCUCUCGCACCUCUCCGUGCGCCUCCGCCGCCGCUCUCGCCGAUUGACGCGCGCGUCUGCCGCUGCCGCGCGCACGCUGCCGCCUGCGCCGCCUUCCCGCCGCUCCCCUUGACGCGCCUCGCCGCGCCGCCGCGGACAUAGCGCGCGUACCUCUCUCGCGAAGCUUUGCCUUGCCUGCUCCUCGCUCUCGCUCUCGACGCGCGCGCCCGAUCGUCGGCCGGCCCACGCUCGCCGCACGCGCGCAUCGCAGAUCCAAGGCCUGAGCGCUCGUGGGUCAUCGCAGCAGGCUGCCGCAUCUGCCACGCAGCUGCACCGCGCCCUCGUCGUGCCAAGCAGCCGCUUGAUACGCGCGCCGGCCGCACCCCGCUGCCUCUGCACCGUCGCGUGAGCAACAGCAACGCGCGACGUCGGCUUCAGCGCGCAAGAGCCGCUUGAUCGCGUCUCGGCUCUCAGCUCAGCCGCUGCCAUGUCCUCGCUGCGCCGCUCUACGCGUGCGGCGGCUGCUACGUCGGCCUCGCCGCCGCCGCCGCUCGAGAGCACGUCGCCCUCCAAGACGAAGCGCAAGCGCGCCGACGGCGGCGCAGCAGCCUCUGCUGCCGUCGCCUCGACAUCGUCGCUGGCCGUGCCGUCCGCCAAGGGCGCCAAGCGUGCCGCCUCUGCGCGCAGCAACGGCGACGCUGUCACCGCUGCAGCGCUCGAGGCGGCGCCCUCUGCUGCAUCUGACGCCCCGCACUCUGGCGCUCGCGACGACGACGAGCUGCGGUUGACGGAGACGGAGCGGCAGCAGCUGCAGCUUGUGCUCUCGAGCUUCGCACCUGCUUUGUUUGAUGCCACGCGCUCCGGAGCGCCAGGAAAGGCAAAGGAGCUGGACGCAGGCGUCAGCUUCGCCUCUCUGGCUGAGGCUUUGAAGACUGCAGGCACGGGCUUGCGUCAACUUCGGGCGCAUGUCGUCGCAUUGCGCACGUCUACACUGCAAGGCUCUGCGGCCGAGCCCAGCGCCCAGCUGAGCGCUCUGACGGUGCUCUUGACGCUCGUGGACACGCUUGCGUCGAAGCGGCGAGCGAGCAGCGGCACAGCGGUCAAGGCCGAAGCCGCGGGGUCCACUGGCGUCAAGGUCGAGGACGACGUGCAAAAGGACGACGCCAGCGAGAUGAAGCCGCCGCAGAAGUACGCACUGCACAUGCUGCUGCCGGGCGGCGACUACUUCACCAGCGCGACAGAGGCAGAUCCGCAGGAGAUCGAGUCUGGCGUCGCAGAUCUUGUCGCCGUGAAGCCAGCGCCUCGAGGAGAGCCGGUGCCGACACUCGGCUCGCGAGUCUUCCGUGCCGACAAGUCGCACGCUGCGGCGCCCUUGCCGACGACAGAGCGCGCGAAGCCAGCCAUGCAUCUCUACUACCACGCCUGGGCCAGCUUCGCGCCAAGCUACGACACGACGCACAGCACGCUGGGUCUCGGCGCCUCGCGUCUGCUCUGGACUGAUGGGCGCAACGCACGAGACGCACUGCGGGCGCGCGCCUGGGGAGACGUCGCCCCUUCUGCUGCAGCACCGUCAGCUGUGCGCUCUCGUGCGGGCAAGGAGGUGCCACCAGCGCCACCAGCACCGCUAGACGCCGCAGAAGACUCGCGUCUGGAUCGCGCAGCGUUCGCAGACCUCCAUCCGGACCUCGAUGCUGAUGGCCUGCUGCGCGCUUACGAGGACCUCGAGCGCGAGGAGGAGGUCAGCGUUCAGCUGGCUCGCAACGCACAGCUGCUGGCGCGGUUACAGGAGGCUCAGGCGGCAAGGCUGCGCAAGAGCUUCGGUGCCAAAGACGCGGCGGCAGGCGACGUGCCGGAUCAGGCAGAGGCGGAGCUCGCACGAACCAUCCUCGACGGACUCGCGAAGCUCGUGCACUUGCGGCCACGCGACGAUGCGCAAGCCUCAGUGGUGCCGUCGGCCGCCUCUCUGCGCGCCGCCUCGCGCUCAGUCGCGAUCGAUCCCGCCUUCCUCGACGGGGACGCGGCAGCAGCACCAGGCUACUGGGGCACGCUGGACGAGACGCGCUGCGGGCCCGAAGCACGCGUGCGCCGCCUGUACGUGCAGCGCGCCGCGGCGUCGGGCCUCACGCACUUGCCGGAGCCGCUGCCUUUGGCUGCGCUGGCAGACAACGAGACGGCACGCAUGCCCGAGCAGGGCCAGACGCACGCCGCUGCGCAGGCGGCUUCACGGCUGCCCAUCGGUUCUGCAGCAGCGGAGGCGGCAGACUCGAAGAGCAAGAAGCCAGCCGGCCUGCUGGAGCGCCUCGCUUCGUCACGCACGUACUCGGCCGACGGGCCUGACCCGCACAACCCGGCCGCUCCACCGCCAAACGCGGCUGGCGCCCAGUCGCCGCCGCUGCCCGUGCACUCGUCGCCCGAGCGUUCGUCGAUGUCCAUUCCUCCUACGCCGCAGCACGCCCCGCGGCCCGUCGGCGCCACGUCAUCGCCGUACCCGCAGCAGCAGCAGCAGUACGCCUCUGCGCAGCCGAUGCAGCAAGCACAGACGCCAAGACCCGCAGGGCAGGCCUUCCAAGGCGGCGCGCGCUACCCGCAGCAGCAGCAGGGCACUCCGCAGUGGAACGGCGCACCUCCGCAGCAACAGCAGCAGCAGCAAGGCGCGAUGGGCUACAAUGCCAUGCCGCCAUAUGCCACGCCGGCACGCACGCCGCAGAUGCAGCAGCCGCACAGCCAGACUUGGGCCACGCCUCUCAGUGCCGGCCCGACGAUGGCGGGCCAGAUGCCGCAGCGCAUGCCGCAACAGCAGCAGCAGUCGUUUGGACAGUGAAGCAGCUGCUUGCUCCACCCUGCCCCGCACUAGCGUGCAGCACCCCUCUCUCUCUCUUCUUCCCUUUCAUGCCCCGCCUGUGCUCGCGUACUCUGCCCGCAGUCCCCUUCGCAAAUGCAAAAUGCAACGAGUAGUCACGCGCAUGGGAGCAUGGAGUGCAGGGAACGGGAGACAGGCGGGGGAGAGCAGGAGAAGCAGUGUGCUGUGGAGAAUCGAUGUUCGGCGCGCUGAGGUCCAGGCUCCUCAGAUG